AUGAAAAACAAAAACCUUCCAGUGCAGGAGACGGUAAAACCCCGGGCCAGUAACCAGCAGGUUGGUGGUGCACAGCGGAAGCUGAGCAUCUCACCUCAGGCGGCUGGUUCGGGGUCAACCGACCCGCACGAGGCUUGUCCUCAAACACAACACCCUGUGAGCUCAACAGUGAUGUCAGUCUUCACAGACCGACAGUCAAAAAUGAGCACCAGCGUGGAUCAGGUGCAGGAGACAGUGGAGCCCUCGUCCAGCAGCCAGCAGGUUGGCGGUGUACAGCGAAGGUUGUACAUCUCACCUCAGGCGGCUGGUUCGGGGACCACCGAUCCGCACGAGGCUUGUCCUCAGAUACACCACCCUGUGAGCUCAACAGUGACCGAAGUCUUCACAGACCGAUGGUUUGAAAUGAGCACCAUAAGCACCAUGUUCGAUCUGGUGCAGGAGGCGGAGGAGCCCAUGACCAGCAGCCAGCAGGUUGGCGGUGCACAGCUCAGGUUGAGCAUCUCACCGCAGGCAGCUGGUUCGGGGAGCCCGCACGAGGCUUGUCCUCAAACUCAUGCUGUGAGCUCAACAGCGACCAAAGGCUUUACAGGCCCACAGUCAAAAAUGAGCACAAUUGAUUCAGAGAGAGAUGUAAGAGUGAAUGAGAUUGUGAUGAAGUGGAGAAAAGCUUAA